CCUGCAGCCAGACCAUCGGCCCCAUCCGUGUCCGGCCCCCCCAGCAGGGCAGAGCCGGGUUCCUCAGUGAAUUUCACCUGCACGUCAGGAGGAUUCUCCCCCAGAGACAUCGCUGUGACCUGGCUCAAAAAUGGGGAUAAACUCCCAGCCCCCCAGCCCCGGGUUCUCCCUGCACACGAGAGCGUCUCCUUCAGCGUGUCCAGCACCGUGGGGGUGAACCUGACCGCAGGAGACGCCUGCUCCCAGCUCACCUGUCAGAUAGAGCACAGCACCUUACCGGCUCCCCUGCGUGUGACUUACAACCUCAGCGAUGCCCUGCGAGUUCCCCCCAGGCUGCGAGUGGGCACUGCCCCAGCGGCGCCUGUCGCACUGAACGAGUCUGUGACGUUCACCUGCCACGCGGAGGGGUUUUACCCGAAGGACGCGAGUCUCACCUGGCUGGAGAACGGAAAUGAGACGAAUCUGGGAAAACCCUCCCCCCUGGCUGAGAAUCCAGACGGGACGUACACGCUCCAGAGCUCCCUGGAGGUCAACGCAACCAAGCAGAGGAAUCAGUCCGUGUUCACCUGUCGGGCUGUGCACGAUUCCCAGCCCCCUGUGAAUGCCAGCAUGACACUGAGACUCUCCCAGCCAUCUCCUGAGCCAGGCAAAGAUCCCACUUCAUCCGAUGCAGGUAAAUGUGCAGUCGAACCCCACCCCCCUGCACUGCUGGGAAAUGCCAGGUCUGUUCUGCGGAACCCAGGGGCCAUUUCAGCCCAUCUCCGCCAGGGGAGCCCCUCAGUGUAACAGCCACUCUUUUAUUCCAGGAUUAUCGCUCGGCUCUGCUCUCCUGGGGCCCAUGGGUGGAGGGGGAAGGU